UGCUUGUUAUUGGGUGCGGGAGCGACGAGGAGGAGUGGGCGGCGUGCGAGGCGUGGAGUGCCGCGGCCCACCAUGACCACCGCUGAGUUGGGUUCUCGCGGCAGAGGUCGGUCAGUAGUGUCGCGGACUUCAGUGAGCGUUGUCAUGGCGAGGACUUGUCUUCCUCCGCUGUGGGUGUUUGGAGGUCACCUUUACCAAGUCUGACCCCGCGUGGUCGACGUGGGUAAUAAUUCGUGGCGCAUCCCGACACGCCAGAGGAGGCGUCAGUAGGGAACCCCAGCUGCCGUCCAAGUUGGCUUAAAGUUUCGUCGAUUAAAGGGAAUCAUCUACACUACGGGCCGAAGAAUGUUAGCGGAAGGGAGGAAGAUGCAGUGUUUACGUUAGUGACUCUGCUAAACAUUGUGAUAUUGCGUGAAAUUGGUGUUGAAAAGGAUCUGUAAAUUGUAAAGGGAAUGAUGACCAGGAGCAUGAAGCCAGCAGGUGUGACAGAUUUCAGGGGGGAGGUGAGCCGUGCGUGUGUGUGUGUGCGCCGGCGGCACUAGUCCUGGGCCCGGCCUGACUGACGGUGGUGGCGCCUCACCUCAUCACCACCACCACCACUUCCACCACCACCACCACCACCACCACACCAUCACCUACCCUCUUGUCAUUCCCUUUCACUUCCACUACUACCACCACCACCACCACCACAAUCCCACCGACCCCGCCGCCACCACCACCACCACCAGUAUUCUCCGUUUUCAUCUCCAUUGCGUCUCACCACCACCACCACCACCACCAGAUCACCUCUACCACCACCAUCGUCACCAGCACCACCACCACCAUACCACCGCAAUCACCACCGCAGCCUCACCACCAUUGUUUGUCCUUAUGAAUCCCUGAAGGUUAUUGUUACUGUCACCUGCCACACCUCACCACACCAUCACACCUGUCCGUCGCACCCCACCACGCAUCCAACACAACCACCAUCACUCUGCACCAUAACUCACUGUCACUUAAAACACAGGCACACUUUCACUGUCACCACAAUCACCACUACCACAAUCAUUACCACCACCACCCUUCAUCACACUCACUGUCGUUAAAACCGCCACCAUCGCCGUCGUCAUCACCCUGGCUACUUAGAAAAGCUACCUACAACAUCACCUGUCAUCACCCUUCUUUUACUACUUUCACCACCAUCAUCACCACUCUCAUACCUCUUCAUAAACACCGAGUCAUUAUAUAAAUAAUUUUCACCACCACUACCACCACCACCACCACUACUACUACUACUACAAGCACCAUCAUCAAUAACAACAGCGGCAGCAACGAUAACUAUCACCAUUAUCACUACCACUACCAUCACCAUCAUCGCUAUCAUCACCAUUGUCAUCGGUAACUAACAAACGUGGAUCAUUUUUUACUGCUACCUAACAACCAUCGUCACUCCGCCACUGCCAUCACAACCAACAUUAGCUAAACGGCAACCCCCCGCCCGCCCAUCCCGCCCACCCUUCCGCCUCUUCCCGCCCUCCCCCGCCCGCCACCGUCAGCGUGCCGCCCACUCGUCUCCCGGACAUGGCUCAGCUGGAAAUACCGUCCAUCGUGGUCCACAACGGCUCGGCCAGCGCCCCGGGGAGCCCAGGCAUGGAGCGACCAAUGCGGCCCCUCCGUCACCACCCCACCCUCUCCAAGCAGGUGUCUCUGCUGGACGACGAAUGUGAUGAGGGUGUGGAGGAUGGGGGGGACAUGCUGCCUGACACCCCACCCAACCACCCUCACUCCCACACCCCACCCCCUACCCCACCAGGAGCCCGGGGGGUGUCUCCACCUUCCCCUUCUACCUCCUUCACUCACCACCACAAUGGCUCCCCCCAUGGACCUGGACCUGGCGGAGGUGGUGGUGGGGGGAUGAACUGUAGUCAUGGCGGGUCCAAUCACUGCGGCACCGGGCAUGGGGCGGGGCAGGGCCAUGGAGCUCAGGGGCCAGGACGCUCAAAGUCCCUGGAGCUCCACCACCAACGUUCCACAGAUUCAGAUAAAGAAGUCCCACUGGUCACCUCAGCCAGGCACAGGCACCACGGGGAGAAACCCAAGCGGCUGCAGCGGAGCCAUGCCAUGAGGGAAGACUCAUCACCUCCCCCUGAGCUGCUGGAAGGGCCACCAACAUCCUCCCAUCCUUGCACUAGUUCAGGCGGAGGCAACACCCUUACCGUCACUGCCAGCGGAAGCAACCGGAGACGCAUCAAGCACCAAGGCUCAUCCCAGGGCUCCUUUGACGGCUCCUCACCCUGUCUGUCAAGAGACUCCUCUAUGGAAUACACAGACAGCAGUGGUGUGGACCUGCAGCAGUUCAUCAUCCAGACAUUACACAAGAACCAGAAAGACAGAAUGAUGCUCCUGAAAAUUGAGCAUGAAUUAGUCAGUCUGGUGAAGGAUUCCAAACGGACCCACCACAAGUUCCCGCCCAUGUCAUCCUACCAGCGCAUGCUUGUGCAUCGCUGUGCCGCCUUCUUUGGCCUGGAGCACAAUGUGGACCAGGCUGGCACUGCAGUCAUCGUCAAUCGCACGCGCAACACCCGCCUUCCUGAGACCCGAUUCCGGGACCAUUGCCGAGAUGACCUGCUGGUGCCAGAUGAGCCCAAGAGGUCCAUUCUCAAGCGAGACUCUUCCUCUUUCGAUGAUGGCUCCAAUUAUAAGUCCCUAGAUAGACAAUUCAGCUCAGAGUCCAGGAGGAGCAAGAGUUUCGAGGAGCGGGAAGAAGAGUAUGAGAAAGUAAGGAAGAGAAUAUUCAGUCAGGAGUCCUUGUCCUCUGCUGAUGGUCUGGGUGAUUCUCCUGUCAGGAGUCAUGACUCUCGUCGGAAUUCUCAGGAUGACUCGCGUUGGCAUGAGACGCGCCACUGGACCUUCAUGGACUCUGAGGCAUCACAUCGAAAGCACCACCAUGACAAUCAUAAGCUAAGACCUGGAAGAUUGCCUAAAGUAGAGUCGUUUGAGAGCCGAGACACCCUUCACCCCAGAUCACUGCGGCCGCCUGUAUUCAAGUCACACAGCUUCGGUGGCUACAGUGGUGGGGUGACUGUACUACCACGGGGAGACUCCGUAUCCAGCAACAUCUCUUCCAGAUUAAGUAAACAAGACUCCACCAGCAGCAGAAUAAGUGAUCAAAGCAUGAGUUCAGGCUACAAGUCCCAAAGACAAGAUACCAGCUCUACCAAUGUGUCUAACACCCUCUCCACUACUCCUUCCCCCACCACCAGUCAACACCAACAUUCUGCUCCAGGCCAGGUUUGGGGAGGUGAGGGAGACAGUCAAGCAGUGAUGUGGGCAGUGACAGACAUGGAAGCAGUGCCUCCUGGGGCCAUGCUAAUCAACCCCCAGAGUGGCCAGCCGUACAUGAACUCUGAUGGGUCAGUGUACCGCUUUGAUCCCAACAACCCUCCUCAGCUGAGCCCCGGGGUCAGCAGCAGCAGCUCAGGUGUCACAGCAUCCCAGGAGAAAGAAUCCGUCUCUGACAAGGAAACCUCAAGCCAGCCCUCAGGCACUUCCAGUGGAAGUCUCACCACCUGUGUGACUCAGGUACCUGCUGUGUCUCCACCUACAUCCCAUGAUCUUCCCCCAUCUGCCUCUACCACCCUUUGCAGCCCACCAAGCAAACAACUCAGUCUACAGCACUCUUCUCCUGAGCCUGUGCAAGGUGUUGUGAGUGGUAGUGUUUCAAGUGGGGAGGUGAGGGAGCCCGAGGUGACGGCUUCUUCAGGAGGAGGUGGUGGAGGUGAGGGGCCAUCUCAGCACACACCCCAAGUGAUAUAUCCACAGUACUACCCACUUGAAGCCAGGUCAUACUCUCAGGAGGGCCAUGUGAGUGAGGUGGCCAGCCACAUGAGAGCCCUUUGCUUGAGUGGACCGAGUGGAAAUGAGACAGCAGGAGACUUGGUUACUGGCCAGGUGACUGCUGCACCUGCUCCCGGCCCUGGUCCUCAGAGCUACGUGGUGCCCAGACAACACUACACACAGCCCGUGUACUACAUGCCAGCAGGGAGUGUGGGCAACCUGAACGGCUCUCUCAAAUAUGUGUACCCUCAGUAUCAGAUGGCUCCAGUACAGGCCCCUGCAGGGGUACAGGGUCCAACAGGGGUACAACCAACAGGAAUGCAGCAAGUGCAGGGGAUACCUGCAGUGCCAGCUGUGCCUCCUCUGACUGGGGGUGUGCCAGCAGCCCCUGGACCUCCCACAGCCCAUCACCCUUCUAUGGAGCACAAUCCAGCUCUCCCUCCAGGUGGUGGCUACCUUCCAGGGGGCUAUACUGUGGUCACCUACCCUGCUGCUGGGAGUGUGAGUGGGACAGGCAGUGGGCAAGAGGCUGGGGGCACCACAUACUACUACCAGCUGCCUUCAGCACCAACAGGAUCUGGCCUUAGUGCUCCCCUUCCUCCAGGCCAGCCAGUACCUACCAGUCUCCAUCAGUACACCAUUACACCCUCUACCACAACCACUACCUUUCCUCAGAUGGGGAGCAGCUUAGGUUACUACACAGCAAGUGGCUUACCAGGUGGGGGAGUGUACCAGGCAGUGGGUGGCAUGCAGGGUGUGUCUGGAGGGAUGUACAGCUCCCCUCCUGGCCCUGCCCCAACUGGCCAUGCUACAGCUGUGUCCUACAGAGCACCAACUCCUCCACAGACUCCCAGUACCCAGGGCAUGAGUUUAAGCCUGGGGUAUGUGAGUGGCGGCGGUGGGGGGGCUGGGGUAGCGCCAGCGGGAGGGCAAUAUAUGGCUAUGGUCCCCCCCCAGCAGCCCCCCACUCCCACAUCCCACGCCCCUCCCCCCCAGCUCUUCACCACCUUCUUUAGGCCUUCUGUCCAGAUGAUGGGAGGAUCAGCAGGCACCCCUCCCCCUCAGUCUGUGCUGCAGUAUGGAGGUGGACCUGUGCCACCCUCAGGACCUCCAGGGACAGUGACCCCCCACCCCCCAGUAUUUGCAAAGCCCUACAUGGGGCCAGCCAUGCACACCAUGAUGCCCGGAACCCUGCCAGAGCAGGCUGGGGUGGGAAAGGAGGACAAGAGGCUGAUGGCUAUGACCCAAGGGGUGGGAGGGGCCCCUGGUGGCCCUGCUGCCCAGCUCCUGGCCAGACCAUACUCCAUCAUGCAAAGUGAUAUGCGGAUAUUUGGGGGGACAAGCGGGCUUCCCAAUACAGGUGGGAUGAGUGGUGGGAGCCUGGCAGGUGGUGGGGCUCCAGGCCCCCUGCGGGCUGGGCCCCUGCUGCUGGCUGGGACACGACCCAGACACCCCAAUGCCUUCACUCCCACCCCACUUGCUCCCCUCAGUCUAGCAAGACCGCCCAAAGUGCGCAGACAGCGGUCACGAACUUCUUAUACUCGUAACUCGGACGUUAUGACACCUCAAAUGUCAGUGGAAGGCCAAGAGUCGAAUGAAUGAAAUUGUUUUCCUGCUUUCAAGCAGUUAUCUCCAACCAAGCUUUUACAGUGGGAUUGAUAAAAUAAUUAAGUUGAAGUAUGUGAUCCUAUCACAAAAUUUAAGAUGGAUUUCCUAUGUAGGUGCUGCAGUGAGGGUUAGUGACAGCCUUAUGUAGUGUGAGUUGUGUUAUAAUAUUCAGCCACCAGCCAGUGGGCAGCUGUGGUGUAGUAGCAGACUUGUGCAUCUGCUACGUGUGAUGGGUAUGAUCCUCUAACACCUGCAUAAUAUCUACAAAACCUGUGGUCUUAUAAUGUAAUUUAUUCUAGUGUUUGCUGAUGUAGUUUUUUUCAAAAGUUAAUAAACAUAGAUUACAGGAAAUGUAUCAGUGACAACACGAAUGCAAGAAAUACAUGAAGCAACUUGAGAAUACUUGUAUAUUAAAAAUACCAUAAUGAUAAUAAGUUCAGAGCUGUGCAUAUAAUUUGCUGUGUGCUAGGAGUGGAAAAUUUAUGACUAGUUUUGUUUAUGAUGUUUGUUAAGUGGCCAUUGAAUGGAUCUGAGAGUGAAGGAUACUUGAUGACAUCAGUAACUAACAACAUUGGUACAUACAUCCUUCCACCCUUACCACUACUACCUCCAUCUCCACCAAGGGUACCUCACCUCCCUCCCCACAGUUGUGCAUUUCCGUUGCCUCUCAUCUACUUGCUGUACAUAAAAUGUUGUUAUGUUAUGUUUUGCUAACAGUCAACAAAGCUGUGAAGAGGUAUUUAAGGCUGUUAAUAAUAUUUUAUCAUUUUAGUUUGAAGGGGAUCAGUUAUCAUAAGGAUGUCCUUUGAGAACUUAUGACAGUUGUAACCCAGGAGAGGGAGUUGGUAAUGUGUUAUUAAUGGUAGAACUUUUAACAAUUUUCAGACUUUUGCACAAUAUUAUUAUUAUGUAUGGGAAUGUCUGGUGAAUUGGAGUCAUGAAGAGUGAGAGUAGGAAAGCUGGAAGUCAUCAGAACUGAAGAUAAUUGUUUAGUAAACAUGAGACAUCUUUCAUUGUUAUAUAAAUUGUUUGACAUCAUUUCAGAGUAUUAUAUUACUGUGUUAUAGAAAACAGCUGAAAUUAAACAGGUUAUGUUGUCAUAAUCAUCUGAUAAAUAGGUACUUACUAUUAAAUUUGUUGGAAUGUUGGUAAUUAAGAGUCAGACUAAUGAACAUAUGUAAUUGUUUUAAUCUAUUUUGAAUUACUAAAUUCCUCUGCUCUUUGAUUAGUAUUGGAAACUUAUUCAGGAAAAUGAGUGUAUACAGGUUUCAGUCAGUUGCAGCUGUAAUUCGUUGGUAAAUAUAUAAAUUUGUCACCUUAUCGACCCACUGUCAAAAGCUCUUUUGUAACUGGUAGUUAACUCUUUUUACCUGCUCUGCAGCCUGCCAUGCACUUUUCAAAGGUAUUUAAUGAUGCAGAAGUCUUUAUUAUUCACUAUUUUUGUACAGCUAUUUGAAACACUUGCCUACUGGUUGCUUUUCAUAGUCAUUGAUCUAGUCUUCAUGUGCUGAUCAAGUCAAAGGUGCUGAGCUGAGUUCAUAUUGCUCAUGUGUACAGAACCCUCGUGAGGAACACUGCUCAGCGGAGGAAGAGAAGGGGGCUCUUACAUCCCUCCUGUGGUAAUUGUGGAAACUGUGAGGAACAAAGGAAUCUAUGAGUAACAUUUUGUGACAUUAAACUCAGAUGAAAAUCGUGCAUAUGUGUGCACCUUGGUAGUAUGUACACACUUCUUUGUGUGUGAAUGUUUGAGUGUGUGUGUGUGUGUGUGUGUGUGUGUGUGUGUGUGUGUGUGUGUGUGUGUGUGUGUGUGUGUGUGUGUGUGUAAAAGUUAGCUAUGUAUGUGUGUACACGUAUGUGUGGAUGUGUGUGUGUGUGUGUGUGUGUGUGUGUGUGUGUGUGUGUGUGUGUGUGUGUGUGUGUGUGUGUGUGUACCUCUGUGGAUUGUCCAGCAGCUGGCAACAUCCCCUCGGGUAACUGGAUCAGCCAGAACACGGGACAGUUAGGUGGCCAUCCAUUCCCUCCUUCCAGACCACAUGGUGUCAGGUGUUGAUGAGAGAAACAUAUAUACUAUAUUGUUAAGCCUAUAGAGUGCGUCCAGCCUAAAUGCUCUUGGGUCUCUGUAAGUAAUGUGUCAGAGAAAUAUAGAAACCUCAAUAGUCAUCAUAAAACGAAAAACAAAAAAGAAAAAGAAAAAGAAAAUAUCAAUGUAGACAAAGGUCCAGCUGGCACUGUGAUCAUCUAGGAAAUCCCUUCAAGCCAGCUAACAGCAACAGCAAGAUUCACCAACCUCGCAAAUCCAAAGAAGAAUUGCCUGACACAAGAUCCUCUUUGUACUCAUGACCCAACACAACUCUUUGUUUACAACUUUAGCCUUGUUUGUGCACAUCCUUGUUACUCCUGAAUGAAUUAAAUUGGCUUGUUUUUCAAACUCGCUUGAGUAGGAUCACAGGGAUGUUUUAUAGAUGUUAAAUUACCCAAAGUAAACCAGAUGUAGUGACCAGUUUUUUUUUUAUGUUAUAAUUUCUUUGUUUUCACAUUAAUAAGCUAAAUAUAUUCAGUAUUAUUUGAUAAUUAUUUACAAAACAUACAAGAGACACAUUCUAUACAACCAGAAGCUUGAAUGCUACUAGUUAGGCACAAAUUUAAGGUAAAAUAUUUAGAUUUUUUAUUUGUAAAUGGCUGUGUAGGAUACAUUAAACUUUAACCUCACCAUUCAGUAUAAAACUAUGACAAAUUUUGGAUAAUUCACUAUCUAAAGAACAUCCCUUUAGUGCUUUCUGUUCACAGAGAAAAUUUCCUGUUUGUUUCACAGUAGGAUAAGGAGUCUUACAGGUCUUAUGUAGUCAGGUUCUCUCGUACCCCAAUGAUCUCGUUCCCUAGUCAUGUAUAUUGUUACUUUUUUUUUCUAGGAGCAACACAAGCUACUUGCCAAAGUGUACAAGUAAAGAGAUUAAUGCUGUUGACGUGAAAUAAAGAACAUAACACCAAUUAAAAUGUCACAACUGAGUUAUCUCUUUUUAAAACAUAUCUUCAGUUCUCCCUUCACUUUAGUCUACCUGUUGAACUCAAUUAUGAAACAACAAUAGGACUGUCAAGACACCCCUGCCAAUGGGCUUGUUUAUUUGGACACAAAAGAACAAUAAAAUCUUCAACAAUCAGAGCUGAGGAUAUUUCUGGGUUGGGAAUGGCUUACUUCAGCUUCCUGCCCUCAACAAAACAAAGCAGUACUGUGGCUUUAUAUAUACAAAAAAAAAAAAGCAAUGCCAGUCAAUGUUUGUGGAUUUGAUGUUUGUUUAAUCAUUCUGAAAAUGUUGAUAUUUAAGUCUAUAGGCAUAAUAGUGAUCAUGUCAGUAAUGUUUCUUUUCAGAAUUGAACUCUGUGCUUCAGUCAUCUUUUUCUUUUUCAUCAGUAUAAAAAAUCCUUGCUAAAUCAUGUCAGCAUAGCUGUCAUCGUGUUCCGCUGACAUAAUUCAUUAAUUUUGAUUCAGACCUGCCUUAACUAAUCUUCUGAAUGGGGCCUUUGUAUUUGUAUUGUGCUUGUUUACUCACUGGCCCUGGGCUUGUGAGAUGCUUCCAGCCCAUCACCUCUCCUCCCCUAAAGUAACUCUCUCUCUCUCUCUCUCUCUCUCUCUCUCUCUCUCUCUCUCUCUCUCUCUCUCUCUCUCUCUCUCUCUCUCUCUCUCUCUCUCUCUCUCUCUCUCUCUCUCUCUCUCUCUCUCUCUCUCUCUCUCUCUCUCUCUCUCUCUCUCUCUCUCUCUCUCUCUCUCUCUCUCUCUCUCUCUCUCUCUCAUUGAGUCAUCAGUUGAUAGUAAUCCCCUUUUCCCAAGUCUUUCUGAGUAAGCUUGGGUGCUACACUCACCCAAGAGCUUGCUAAAUGAAAUGAGACUCAGUGGAUACAGUCAACUGAGUGAAUAUGAAUUGAGUGACAUGAGUUGCGUCCUUUCACAAAAGUAUAAAACAAGAUGUUAAGUUUUUGUGUUAUAAGAUUGUCAUUUUUUUUUAAUUGAUAUAAAACUAGUACUCAUUAACAUAUGAGGAAUCUGCCUUUUUAAAUCUUUUCUUCAUUGACUUUAUUAUUACCUUCAGUACUUUGGCUAAUUAUGCAAGUUUGUAUCCUUUAUUUCAGAAUACUAAUGAGAACCAUGUGAUUUACAUUGGCCUGUGGUGAUGCCACCACAGCCAAGCUGCAAAAAUUAAGUUAUACAGCAUUAUGUGAAUCUCAAAGUUUAUAUAUAGUAUGUUAUGCUUUGGGUGUAAAGCAAGAGUGCCAAGUAGAGUAAUCAGGGCAGACAGUUUAAUAUGAAGUUACUAUGUAGAUAUUUCUUACCACCAGCUCUAUGGGUCCUUAAUUUUACAGAUUUUCACUUGCUUGCAUUAAGUCCCCCUCUUCAGGUUCAUUAUUCACUCACAUUAACUCCAUCAUCAUUCUUAAGUGCUCCAACACUAUGUGACAUCACCCGCAGCUCACAUUUCUCCCCAACUCCCUUCCUCUCCCCCUCUCUCCCGCUCUUGUUUUCAAAGUUCAAGUUUUCUAUUGCAUCUUUUUAUGUGUCGCGGUCAGUCUCGCCCACAUGGGGAACACACUGCAAUAAAGAUGUUAUUAUUCUUUAA